AUGCUCCAGUCAAAUGCAUCUGGUACAACAACCAAAUUAACGACCUUCCUGAACUAUAGCCGCUAUCCGCCGUGUUUAUGGACUGACCUAUCCGAAGCAGUUCGCGGUAUCAUUAGCACUCGGGUGCUACAAGCUCCACUUCCACUCUACGUCCUCCUAACAUCAGGUGAUGAGCGGCCUUGGAAACGCCUCCAGCUUUCACACUCGGAUUUAGUUAAUAAAAGUGAGAAUAGCUCGAUGGAAUUGAUCGCCGCCCACCUGAGGCUGCACACAGAAUUGCGCUGUUGCGAAAAGUGCGCCACAGUCCUACCAAAUAGCGCCCUUGCCGUGGAUGCACCUGAUGCCCAACAGCACCGCUGUUCGAACCUUGUUACCGCGCGCCACGCAGAUGUUGCGGUCGAAUGCAUGUGUCUUUACCUGUUACAAAUCGAUUUUUAUCACCGUAGUGCUGGUCUCAACCUUGUUGUCAAUUCUAUGUUUGCUCCUUUUCAGCCGUGUGACACCGAGUUCAAUAGUGUCAUUCAGUACCAGCAACAUUUAAAGAAUGUGCAUAACAAAAAUCGCUUCGUCUGCCCCGAAUGCAGUGAGUCUUACGUUGUUAAACCACGCCUCAACUCCCUUGAAUUCCCAAAUACAACCUUCAGCACAAAGGGGAACAUGACAACUCAUUUUCAACGUGUCCAUAAUCAGAGCGACUCUGUUGUCUGUCCCGUGUGUUCAAAACGAAUGAGUAGCCAGUGA